CCUGCUAUGUCAGUGUAUUGGCUUUAGAUGCUAAGAGACAAGAGAAGAAUCACUAUGACAUCAGCUGUUGUGCUAAAUCAGACACCAUGGAGGAAUCUGAGAAAACUCCUGGCAUCCUGUACGAUACCUAUGAGAAAUACUACGCACCAUUCCUUCUACGCGAUUAUGUCCGUAUUCCUGUGAUGGUGGUUUUUAUGGGAUGGGCAUGUGCAUGUAUUGGGAUGAUUGGCCAUGUGGAAGUGGGACCAGACCAGAAAUUAUCCAUACCAGAGGAUUCAUAUGUGCUAAACUACUUCAACAACCGAAAUGAGUACCUCUCUGUUGGCGCCCC